AUGCAGAAGGCUCUGUGUGCAGCCCCAGACCUGGGUACCUUCGUCACCGUCCUCACCCCACUUCCGGGUGUGCAGAUAGGGAGCAGGAGAGAGAGGUCCAAGGUGCCCUACAUCGUGCGCCAGUGCGUGGAGGAGAUCGAGCGCCGAGGCAUGGAGGAGGUGGGCAUCUACCGCGUGUCCGGUGUGGCCACGGACAUCCAGGCACUGAAGGCAGCCUUCGACGUCAAUAACAAGGACGUGUCGGUGAUGAUGAGCGAGACGGACAUGAACGCCAUCGCAGGCACGCUGAAGCUGUACUUCCGUGAGCUGCCCGAGCCCCUCUUCACUGACGAGUUCUACCCCAACUUCGCAGAGGGCAUCGCUCUCUCAGACCCAGUUGCAAAGAAGAGCUGCAUGCUCAACCUGCUGUCGUCCCUGCCGGAGGCCAACCUGCUCACCUUCCUUUUCCUUCUAGACCACCUGGAAAGGGUGGCAGAGAAGGAGGUGGUCAAUAAGAUGUCCCUGCACAACCUCGCCACUGUCUUUGGCCCCACGCUGCUCCGGCCCUCCGAGAAGGAGAGCAAGCUCCCUGCCAACCCCAGCCAGCCCAUCACCAUGACUGACAGCAGGUCCUUGGAGGUCAUGUCCCAGGUCGAGGUGCUGCCGUACUUCUUGCGGCUGGAGGCCAUCCCUGCCCUGGACAGCAAGAGACAGAGCAUCCUGUUCUCCACCGAUGUCUAAAGGUCCCAGUCCAUCUCCUGGAGGCGGACAGAUGGCCUGGAAACCUCUGGCUAAUCGGGCCAUCUGUAGAGUGGGAAUCAAGAUUUUCUGAGGCAUCCUUGGGCUACCCCCAGGUGUCAGGCCAUCUGCCAAGAGACAGCGGCCCAAAGCAGAAGGACAGGUGGCCUGGGCAGAUCCCGCCCAGGUCUGAAAGCCCCAGGCUGGCCUCAGACUGUGGGUUUUUUAUGUGGCCACCCGAGGGCGCCCCAAGCCAGUUCAUCUCAGAGUCCAGGCCUGGCCCUGGGAGACAGGGUGAAAGCAGUGGUUUUUAUGAACUUAACUUAUAGAGUCUAAAAGAUUUCUACUGAAUCACUUGUCAAGAAGCGCCCUCUCUGGGGAGAAGGGAACGUGACCGGAUUCCCUCACUGUUGUAUCUUGAAUAAACGCUGCUGCUUCAUC